UUAUCGAAGAUCGGCAAGAUGAAAUCGUCAGGAUUUCUGCUUGCUUUGGCUACGAUAACUGCCGUGACAUCAGCACAAAAUCAAAACUAUGCUCAAGCCAAUGCUGCAGCGUGGUUAGCGAAUGCGGCAGCAAACGGAGCCCAAGUGAUACAUGUUCACCACAAGUCCGGGGCAGGUCGUCCAGCCCAGUCUAAGCCAGCCCAAGACAGACCUGUUCAAGCAGCCGGCACAAGAGCUGAAGCAGUAGCUCAUUCGCGAUACCCAGAAAGCCACCCCAAUACUGGACAGGCUAAUGCACCAGCACAAGCUAUAGCCCACGCUCUAGCCAAACCUCACCAUCAAGGUCAUCAUGGCGCUCCACAACCCUCAACGCCAGCGUCAAGUGCGCAUCAAACACCUGUUGCAGUCACUUCUGCCCCAGCCACCACAGUUGCCAAAACGCCUCCACAACCUCCAAAUGAUAAAGAUUUGCAAAAGUUACCGCAGCCAUCACCACUACCCGACGUCAGUGCUCUGGGGAUACCCAGUCUAUUACCUGAUUUACCACAAGAUAUAGCGAAAGUAAUCCAAGCUGCGUUAACUGACAAUCCAUUGGCUAAAGUUGCGUCAGGCCUAAUCACCGCUUUCAUUACUGAUCAGUCUACAACUGUUCCAGCAAUCAUUGCCGGAGUUCAUAAAGGUCUCACAAAUGCAGCUACCGUGAUCUCCCCUGAUAAUGUAUCCAAAGCAGUCGCUGUUCUAGCUGACAAAUCCCACGAUGUCAUAAAAGCCUUUGUUGCAAAACUCGGAGACCUUAUAGUCAGUCAUGUUGAUAAGAUUGGAGAAUUGAUUAAAAAACUUAGUGAAAUAGGCAAAUUUUCACAUGCAAUUGCGAUCGGAUUGUCAGUCUUGGCUACUCUGUCCUUGAUAUUCCAGAAUGAGGUACUACCAAAAAUUCCUGCUGACUUGAGUCACUUGCCAAUACCUUUGGAAGAUUUGCCACACCUAUUGGAAAAGGGUCCGAUACAUCUUGAAAAACUACCGUUUUUGUUAGACAAGCUUGAACCCUUAAAAAAGUUGCUGGAAAAUUUUGGACAUGGACCGGCUUCGGCUCCUGGCGCUGACAGUGAAGCAAAAGCUUCAAGUGUACCAGGUCAGGGCGCGCAAGAUGCUGCUAAGGCUGAUGCAGCGGCUAAGGCACCAGCCUUAACCACCGGGUCAAGUCCACCCGCACCUGCAGCCGGCGCUGCUCCACCACCUACAGCAGCGACGGAACCAGAAUAUUUGGAUGAGUACUAUGAAGAGGAAGAAGAAGGUGCUGCAGGUGCUUUUGCUACUGCUGAAAGUGCCGCAGCGAGUACUGCAAAUGCUAGCGGUGCUGUAGCAACUGCUAUAGCUGGGUAAAGGACAUUGACUCAUCAACCCAUAUAUAUAGAUUAUAAUAUAACUUAGUUUUACAUUUUUUACUCACAUUGCGGUAAGUUUGAUAAACGAAUGAUUGAAGUUAUAAGUUAAGUUAAUAUUUGGAGUUACUACCUUUUAAGGAAUAUAUAUUAUGCGCUAUCAAUUAUUUGCAAUAAUAAAGUUUAGUAACA